AUGAUGGCAGUGGUCCUUCUGGCUUUCACAGAGGGUCUUCAAUGGGAUGAGAUCUAUGAUGCUGCUGAGAUCUUUGCGGGGAAGGGUGUCCUCAGCCGAUGCCUGCUAGCUGGAGGCUAUGCCACAGCAUCCUUGGAUAUUCUUCACUUCACGCCGUGGUUGGCAGAAAGAACUAGAAUGGGUAGGCGCAAGCUUUGCAAGGGGAAUGCAUUGGACUUGACAUCUCCAGCCGGCUUUGGGCUUCUCCUAUCCACGAUAUUGAGGUCCAAGCCUUCAGCAGUCUUCACAUUCGGCCUUGUCUGUUCGAGUUUUGUGGCGGUCUCCCGCGGCACCACUCACCGCUCCUUCUUUCUCCCUUUGGGAGACCCCACUUCAAAGUCGGUACAGCUAGGCAAUAUACUCUGCAGCAGGAUGGUUCUGGCUAUGAUACUCAUGAUAUCUCGUGGCAUGGUGUUUGUCUUAGAACAGCCAUCAAGUUCCCUUGCCUAUCGCCAUCCCAGAUUCCAGCAACUUUUGAAAAUGACAAAUGUUUGGCGGCAAGCCUUCUGGAUGCGUGGCUGGGGUAGUAAUACUCCUAAGAGGACGAUUCUGUGGAGCAACUCCCGUGGGGUGAGGAAGUUUGCAACCCACAAAAAGUAUGCCAAGGGGAAAAAGAAGAACCAGUUGGCUACAGUCUACAUUGAUUCCAAUGGAAAGAAGAGGUAUCAGGGCAAUUCUCGGCUGAAGGGAUCACAGGUUUAUCCUGUGGGCUUUGGUAUUCGCUUCACUCGAACAAUGCCGCUGCUUCAGAAAGAGAAGUCCAAGCCCAACACCAUUGCAGAGGACAAGGUGCCCACCAUCGACGAGAUCAAGCCAAAUGAUGUCUUGCCAUGCCUCGACUCGAUGGACGACUUGUGGAGGGAUGCACGGAUGUCUGAUGUUCUUCACUACCUGUAUGGGGGGACGGGCGUCCAAUUGCCCGACGACUGGACACAGUUCGCUAUGACCAUCCCUCUGCCCCUGAAGCAGGACCCGGGCAACGUGGAGUCUGAGGCGGCUGUCAAGACUACAACGGAGGAGGAGAAUGCUCACGAUGACGACCCCUCGUCGGAGAAGAAGAGCCGCAAGUUGGAAUCUGCUCUUCGGCGGGUCUGCACUCCCAAAAGGGGUUCGGGUAAGCUUGAGGUGAGUCAGGACAUCUACAAGAAGUGGCUAGCAGGGGGAUCACAGCGGAAGGCUCUAUUGGAUGAGGCGUUCAAGAAACACAUCGAGCAUAUGCAGCGUCGGAGCCGCAAAACCAAGAUCCAUGUAGACUCGGGGUUCUACACCAAGGAAAACAUGAAGAAAAAACUUGGAUGGAGUGCGACACGAAUUGCAAAGGCAGUGCAAUACUGUACCCACCCAUCGCGGGUCAAAACCCAUGUCAGGCGGGACAAGUACGAGAGUAACGUGAAAGAGUAUUGGGUUGAUGUUGAGACCACUGGGAGCUUCGAUAACGAGCAUGAAGAGAGCCUGACAGAUCGGACUUGCGUCGAGGGCCAAGCGGCCACCUUUGAUCUUGGCAUUCAGCCAGUGAUGACCCUGCUUCGCACCAAGCCUGUCCCGAAGGAGAAGGCAGCGUCGGCGAAAAACAAAGCGGCAAAGGCUGCCGCCAAAGCUAGCGCUGAGCCUCGAAAGAGGGCAAAGCGGGAUCAAGAAGCUCUGGAAGCCGAUUCGACGAAGUCGAAACCCAAACGAGCUCGCAAGUAA